AUGAGUUGGCCCGCCCGCGCCCCGCUGCCGCUCGCGCCGCCCGUGCGGCUGCUGCUGCCGCUGCUGCUGCUGCUGCUGCUGCUGCUCCCCGCGCAGGCGCGCGCCGCGCCCGUCUCCAUCGCCUACUUCCUGCAGAUCUCCGAGCCCACGCUCGCGCUCCUCCCGCGCCUGCUGCGCUCCGUGUACCACGACGACAACUUGUACGUCGUCCACUUCGACAAGAAGAUCCCGCUGUGGCAGCGCCGCCACGCGGAGACCAUCCUCUUCAAGGGCUCGCCGCGCUACAAGCACAACGUCCGCCUCCUGCCGUCGGAGGUCGUCACGUACCGUGGCAUCUCCAUGGUGCUCAACCUCCUCUCGGCCAUGCACUUGGCGCUAGACGCCCACCCCGACUGGACCUACUUCAUCAACCUGUCGGGCUCCGACUACCCGCUCGUCUCGGUCCACAACCAGAUGUCCUUGCUCGCCUCCCGCGACUUCUCCGCGCGCAACCGCAGCUUCUUCAGCUUCGCCGAGCCGGACUGGUGGAAGGACAGCAAGCGCUUCCGCUACGACCGCCUGUACACGGACACCUCUCUCUCCUUCAACGACUCGGAGAGCGCCGUCGUCGACUCGUACUCCGACCAGCCCAUCUCCGACGUCGCGGCCUUCACCUUCGCCGCCGCUGAGGCAUGGAUGAUUCUGCACCGCGACUUCGCCUCCUUCGUGCUCGGCGAUUCGUACGCCCGCCGCAUGCUGCUCGCCUUCGCCUACUCGCUCGAGCCCGAGGAGCACUUCUUCGCCACCGUCGCCUACAACCACCCCCGCUUUAACACCUCCAACGUCUCGCACUCUCUACGCCACGUCGCCUGGAUGCAUCACGGAGUCCACUCGGGCCAGCAUCCGUAUUACAUCGAUCAGCAGGAGCCGGACGGUAAGACCUGGACCUUCCGCGAAGAGAUCGAGAAUUCGGCAUGCUUCUUCACCAGGAAAGUUCGCGUCCAAGACUCGGGCCUGCUCACUUAUAUCGACACUCAUGUUAAUGGUAUUAGCGAUAACCCCAACUCGAUUACGGUCAAUGCCUAUCUCGCCAAGGUCAACAAAGCUCUUGACUGCGUCGUCGACAUGCCCAAUGGCGCCUACGGUGGCAACUGCUUCGGCAGCGAGAAGCCGCUCAAGCCUUCACCCAGCAAGCCGAAAUCCAAAAACGUUAAGUCAUGA